CUGGCGCUGGAUCGUCUGGCUCGUCAGCGGGCAUCGGGUCACCAGACAUGACAGUGGGCACUGGGUCAUCAGGCAUUGGAUCGUCUGGCUGGACAGCGGGCAUCGGCUCACCAGGUAUGACAGCGGGCACUGGGUCACCAGGCAUUGGAUCGUCUGGCUCGACAGCAGGCAUCGGGUCACCAGGCAUCAGGUCAUUUGGCUCGACAGCGGGCACCGCGUCAUCUGGCAAGGCAGUGGGCACCGAGUCACCAGGCGCGACAGUGGGCUCUGAGUCAAUUGGCAUGACAGCGGGCACCGGGUCAUCAGGUACCGGAUUGUCUGGCUCGACAGCA